UAAUUCACCACUUUUUAGUUCUAGCUGUAAGUUUCUCUUAAGUUAGAAAGGGCAGUUCAUACCUUAGCAUAAACCUAGCAUUGGCUUCGCUGUUAAUGACCGUGAGGCUAUAGUGAGGUAGUUUAACUGCUUUAGAACUUUGUGCUUGGAACAUUCUUAGCCGCCGAAGCAUGGGCACCAAAAGUGAGGAGCAUGGGUUCUUUAAUAUCUGUUACCUCAGAGAAUGACUAUUCCAGGACAGUAGCCACCUCCUGUUGGUAGCAACAAUUGCAGAGACAGAUGAGUCUACAGAACCGGAAGGCAUAAUUGAUUCUCAUAAACGUAGAGAAAUUCUUUCACGAAGACCCUCUUAUAGAAAAAUACUGAAUGAACUUUCCUCUGAUGUGCCUGCUAUUCCCACGAUUGAAGAAGAAAAAUCAGAGGGAGAAGGAACGCCGCCUAACAUCGCUACCAUGGCUGUGCCGACUAGCAUAUAUCAGACUAGCACGGGGCAAUACAUUGCUAUAGCCCAAGGUGGAGCAAUCCAGAUUUCUAACCCAGGAACUGAUGGUGUUCAGGGACUACAGGCAUUAACAAUGACAAAUUCAGGAGCUCCUCCACCAGGUGCUACAAUUGUACAGUAUGCAGCACAAUCAGCCGAUGGCACACAGCAGUUCUUUGUCCCAGGCAGCCAGGUUGUUGUUCAAGAUGAGGAAACUGAACUUGCCCCAAGUCACAUGGCUGCCGCCACGGGUGACAUUCCGACCUACCAGAUCCGAGCCCCCACGACCGGUUUGCCACAGGGAGUGGUGAUGGCCGCAUCCCCGGGAGGGCUGCACAGUCCCCAGCAACUAGCGGAAGAGGCCACGAGGAAGCGAGAGCUGAGGCUUAUGAAAAACAGGGAAGCCGCCCGGGAGUGUCGCAGGAAGAAGAAGGAAUAUGUCAGAUGUCUUGAAAACCGUGUGGCUGUGCUUGAAAACCAAAACAAGACUCUGAUUGAGGAACUCAAGGCCCUCAAAGAUCUUUAUUGCCAUAAAGCAGAGUAACUGUCUUUGGCUUGGACCUUGUUGCUUGUGAACCCUAACCAAGGCAGGAGAUGCAGCCCUCCUAUGACCUGCCCUGUGGACUCGUGGAAGGGGCACGGGGGGACCCUUAAGAAUCCAGUUUGCCUUAGCGCGUGACAGUGAAUUGGGAACGCACCCGGAAUCCCGCUUUCUGAGCUUAACUCCAGCCUGUCUGUCCAUAGCAUGCCAUACACGUUUCUCUUUGCCCUUUUGCUUCUCCUUUUUUUUUUCCAGGGAAGCUGCAAAAGAAUGUCGGCGUCGAAAGAAAGAGUAUGUGAAGUGUCUGGAGAGCCGAGUGGCGGUGCUGGAAGUUCAGAACAAGAAGCUUAUAGAGGAACUGGAAACCCUGAAAGACUUCUGCUCUCCCAAAGCAGACUAGCAGAGAUGUUUAACCAUGAAUCGAUCACGACGUGUACAGUUGCUUUUGAAGGAAAUACAAUACAGAGCCGGCAAGAAUUAUGGCUUUUCUCCUUUGUAUCAUUCAUCUUACGCUCUAACCCUCACAUUCCCUCAGCGCUUCACGGUCCCCUGGUUGACUCUUAGCUCUCACUUCAGUUGUUUUUUUUUUU